CCAUUCCACAUUUUGGUAGCAACUGGCUGCCUGAGCAGUCGGGCAAAAAUUCACUGAGACGCCAUUUUAGUUAGUUUGUUUUUGCCCUCUGGAAUGGAGGAGACGAAGAUUAUUUACCACAUUGAUGACGAGGAUACUCCUUACCUAAUCAAGCUCCCUAUUGCUGCCGAUCGAGUAACGCUCGGGGAUUUUAAAAAUGCCCUCAACAGACCCAAUUUCAAAUUUUUCUUUAAGUCUAUGGACGACGACUUCGGAGUUGUCAAAGAAGAAAUAGUGGAUGAUGAAUCACACUUACCGUGUUUUAAUGGCAGAGUUGUAUCUUGGUUGGUCCCCGCAGAGAGUAGUGAUAACCAGUCCCAGUGUACAGAUUCUCAAGCAGGAGAUAUACCCCCCGAACGAUUAGGGGGCAUCGGGGACAGCCGACCACCUUCAUUUCAGAAAAAGUCACUGGAAGGAGGUCAUGAUCUCAGGCAUAAAUGCAGUGCUAACCCUCCACACCAUGGCAGAGAAAAUGAACCAUGCGAUACGUGUACAGAAACAGAAUCCAUUUUAAGUAGUCGAAGAGGUAUUCCUCGCAUCAAUGGUCACACCAAACAUGACCGCCACAGAGAUCCUCGACAGAUCUAUGAAUCUACGUCCAUGCUCAGUAGUGAUCUGGAAUCUACUAGUUUCUUUGAUUCAGAAGAUGACAGCAGGUUUUCAACGGUCACUGACACAACUGCUAGGUCUUCAAAGUAUGGCCGCCACAAAAGAAGACGGAAAAGACACAGACUCCCACCUCUCAGCAAGACGUCUUCGUUUAGCAGUAUCACAGACUCUACUAUGUCACUCAACAUUAUUACAGUCACGUUGAACAUGGACACAGUGAAUUUUCUAGGAAUCAGUAUUGUUGGUCAGAGUAACAAAGGUGGUGAUGGUGGCAUCUAUGUUGGCUCUAUAAUGAAAGGUGGUGCCGUGGCUCAGGACGGCCGUAUUGAACCAGGAGACAUGAUUUUGGAAGUGAAUGGUAUUAGCUUUGAAAACAUGAGUAAUGAUGAUGCUGUCCGAACUCUUCGCGAAGCGGUCCAAAAGCCUGGGCCUAUUACCCUAGUUGUUGCCAAAUGUUGGGACCCAAAUCCAAAAGGAUAUUUCACAGUACCUCGUCAAGAACCUGUUCGUCCAAUUGAUCCCUCUGCUUGGGUGGCACACACUACAGCCAUGCGAGCUGAAUACAUGGGUCGUGGGGCUCCAGUCAGCUCCUCACUCAGUACUAUGACGUCUACCAGUUCAUCAUUAACUAGCUCAAUACCGGAAUCAGAAAGGUUUGAUGAUUUAAAUUUGACUGUAAAUACAGAUAUGGAAUCCGUUGUGAAAGCAAUGGCCCAGGCUGAUUCUGGUCUUGAAAUCAGGGACAGAAUGUGGUUAAAGAUAACUAUACCAAAUGCAUUUAUAGACUGCUUGAGAGCACACCUGGUCCUAUGGUCAUCAGCCGACAACUCCAUCAAUGUUUUCACAAAAACUCCUUCUACUUUAUCACGAUCACAGUUCAUCAAUAAAGCAUUUUCUCUACUCAUGUCCGCUAUCACGUUAAUGGCAAUGGCCUCUUCGUCUCUGUUUAUUGUGCCCACCCCCCUCAUUUCGUGUCACACUGUAUCCAUCCUCAUUCACGUCACAUUGAAAAACCUCAUCAUUGUAGGUGUCCAGGCUCUUCCAGAUUUCUCAUCACUCAGUCUAGAGGACGUGGACUCAGUGUCAGAGGCUGACCGUGACACCUUGGCACCGCUGCCACCACCCACCUGGAACAACCAGUAUCCCUACAGCAGUUCCAGCUACCUGCCGCAGAACCUUAGCUAUGUGCCACCUUACUGCUACACCAACACCGACACCACCAGCUACGUAGGCAGCUUCGUUGAUGGAUGUGGCGGACCUCCCAGUGCCACUGGUGGUGUGGGGAGCGGCGGUGUCGUAGGAGGCGGGGGUGGCGGAGGUGGUGGAAAUGGAAGUGCAGGCAGUGUACAUAGUGGCUCAGCGAAGGACUGCACUUGUCUAAUUAGUACUUACAAUCAUUUGCGCAAACUUUGGGAAAAUAAGAAUAAGCAAAUCUCUCAUCAACAUCAUGCGAAUUGUCGAGGAAAUGUGCGACAGACAAGCACCCAGCAUGUUGACCGGGAGCAAGUCUGCAGAGCAAGCUCGAUGUAUAGCUCGGGGAGUAGUGCAUCUGGCAGCAGUGAGAAAAAGAAAGACAAGGAGAAGUCCGAACGGAAAUCCGCAAGCCCUGCUGGAAGUGGUAGCAGUGAUACAGACACUGGUAGUUUGGCCAGUGCUAGGCGGGGAGCUCCUAGUGAGCGCAGUCUCCCCCCUAUGCCACGCGAGCUUGGACAGAUGCCCCCAGACCUGUCUGGCAGUCGACAGUCUUUCAGAAUGGCCAUGGGAAAUCCAUGUGAGUUUUUUGUGGAUGUCUUGUAAAAGACAUUUGGUUUUGCUGGUCGGAAUCGUUGCUGAUGCUGCUGCGAAUUGUCUUGUGUCUGAAUAUGAAUCUUCCUGCAUGCUAGGAUUCACACUCACUUACAUAUAUUGUGUGUGUGUGUGUGUGUAUGUGUGUGUGCACAUUCACAUAUAUAUAUAUAUAUAAACAUAUAUGUACAUCAUAGCAUUUGUUAUGUAUUUGAUUAUCUUCAAGUCUUACUUUUUUUUUUUGAAAAUUCUAUUGUUUGUCUUAAAAAAAAAAACCCGAAAAAACUGACCAAUACCCAAUUGGCACAGGUGUGGUUGAGUGGUAAGAGGUUUGCUUCCCAACCAUAUGGUUCUGGAUUCAGUGCCGAGUACUAUAGCCUCAAGCCAGCGAAAGCUUUUCGAGUGGAUUGGUAGAUGGAAACUGAAAGAAGCCCAUUGUGUGUGUGUGUGUGUAUAUUUAUGUACACACACACACAAACACAUAUAGAUAGAUAGAUGUACCUAUACUUACAUACACGUGUGUGUAUAUGUGUAAUAUAUAUUUCUCUUAAUUUCGUGGGGGGGGGGGCAGUGUAAUUUACUGAUUAUGUAAGAGGACCAUGUCAGCUCUGUAUUAUAAAAUGUAAAAUUAAUCUAUUUGACAGUGAAUAUUUACAGGCCAAUAAAUAUUUUAAAGAAAGAUAAUCAUGCCAUGAUGAGAAUGUAUAUA